CCACCCCUUCUCGUCGAUCAACUCUGCUGGGUUUUGAUUCUCCCCUUACCUUCUCCACCUGCCACAAACCCUGCCCAGAUUCCACCUCUAAAACAUGAGCUUUUGACCAAUAUCCCCUCAAUCACCGGUUCCCCUUCAUCACAAUCGCAUCCUUCAAUCUCCUCCCGCUCGAUGUUCUUGCUGCGGAUGAAGAGGUUUCCUUUGCCGGAGUGGAGGUUGAGGUUUGAGAGGAGCUUGGAGAGAGGUUGCAUUCUUUGACGAUCCAACGCUCGUCUAUUUCUCUGAACUUCAUCAUUGGUUGGAGCUCAACGGAAGUUGUUAAUUGAAUGGUUAGCUAGGAAUUGCAGGGAUUGGGUGACAGUGGAGGUGAAGAUGGUUCAAAUUAGGAAGACAUAGAGAGGGCUAGAGGGAAGAAUUGGGUAACCAAAAAUCACAAAUCAUGGCCAGUCGUCCGUCGCCGCCGCCGGCAGAGAGAUUUGCUUGAUCUGGGAUUUUCGAACGAUGUGUUCCAGAUCUGCUUUUGAUCCGACGACGGUUGCCGCGUUCCAGGGAUCUCUUUCCAAUCCCCCCAUUCACCACCAAGUGCAGGGGUUGAGUAAGAGCAUACAAGAGUCAGCAAGCACUCAGCCACCAAGGCACCAACUUUUCAGGCAAACGGGGUUGUUGCCACAUUGACCCACCACCUACCAUUUCUGACGUAUAAUUUCUUUGUCGAUUUCAUUACUCAUUCAUUAGGAUCAACUUGUUAAGAAGCAAACAAAAACAAUUGUUUGGGGGCUAUUAAUAAAUUGAUAUUAAACUACAAAAAGGCCCUCCAAACCACAAAUCCUUCCUAAUAAACCCUUCACCAAACCAGCCAUAUAAAUAAAUAAUCAGAAAUAAAAUACUAUAAACCCUUGAGUGGAGUCGGAGGCAAUAGGGAGUGGGGAAGUGGGCUGACACUCUGGAGAAUUCAGAAUAGUGGUUUUUGUUUGCCGCUACCCCUCAUUGCGAUCUUGGUUUCUUCCCCCAAAGCCGCCACUCCCACCAAUCGUCCCUUUCUACCCUCUCUGAUCCCAUGGCUUCGCGGUUGUUGUGGGCUUCCAGAGCCGCUUCCUUGCUCAGGAUCUCCGUUCCCUACAGGGGAUUUGCUUCUGCUUCCAUGAUAGUAGAUUUCGGUUGACAUCCCUGAAUGAUAGUUUUCUCAGAAAACGUAGAUACGUUCAGCUUUGAUCGAUGCAUUGCCAAUGUUGCUGCAGUUAUCAAGGACCUGAAGUACGCGGAGAGUCACGAGUGGGUGAAAGUCGAUGGCAACUCUGCCACGGUUGGGAUAACUGAUCAUGCUCAAGACCAUCUAGGGGAUGUUGUGUAUGUCGAGCUACCAGAAUUGGGUACGGAAGUUACCCAGGGAAACAGUUUCGGUGCAGUUGAAAGCGUCAAGGCUACCAGUGAUAUCAACUCUCCGGUUUCUGGGAAAGUAGUUGAAGUCAAUGAGGAGCUGAAUGGGUCCCCUGCUCUGGUUGUGAAUACGAGCCCGUACGAGGAAGGGUGGAUUAUAAAGGUGGAAUUGAAGGAUGCUGGUGAGCUUAACAACUUGAAGGAUGCAGAUGCCUACUCCAAGUUUUGUGACGAAGAAGAUGCAAAGCAUUAGGAGGGGUUUCGGGAUUUAUUUCUGCUUGGUUCUUCUGUCUUUUGGGAAUGACAUUGUUGCGAUCUUAUGAAGGGGAAGCUAGAUUGAAAGCACGUAACUUUUGAUUUUCCCUCUUUAUGAUCGAGUUCUUUUCGAAUAUGUUUCACUCUUCUGAGGAAGCUAGAUGUGGUGGGUGUUGGUAGGGUAGGAGUCUUGUUCUGAACCUUGGAAAUAAUAAUUGGAAAGAUUGGAGAUGUUUGAUUCGUUUCCAGGUCCCAUGAGGGUGUUUAAUUUACAGGUUGGAUUGGCAAGUU